CAUUGGCGGCUCGGCCCGUCCUUUUCGACGGGACGCCUCUCGUCGUCCUCCCCGAACCCCGACCGACUCCUCCCAGUGACCCAGUCCUUCCCCUUUCCUCCGACUACGCCAUGGACAACGCCGCCCCGAACCCUUCCGCGGCUGCCGCGGCGGCAGGGAACGGCGUCCAAGCGUCGGGGACCGCCGGCGGGGAGCGGCCCGAGGACGCGUCGAAGCAGAACCUGGCGCAGGUGACGAGCUCGAUCCAGAAGACGCUGGGCCUGCUCCACCAGCUCAACCUCACCGUCUCCUCCUUCAACUCCGCCUCCCAGCUCCCCCUUCUCCAGCGCCUGAACGCGCUCGUGGCGGAGCUUGACACGAUGCAGAAGCUCGCGGAGGGGUGCAACAUCCAGGUGCCCAUGGAGGUCGUCAAUUUGAUUGACGACGGGAAGAAUCCUGACGAGUUUACAAGGGACGUGCUCAAUAGCUGCAUCGCCAAGAACCAGAUCACCAAGGGCAAGACUGACGCUUUCAAGAGCCUACGGAAGCAUCUCCUUGAAGAGCUUGAACAAGCUUUCCCCGAGGAUGUAGAACAAUACAGGGAGAUACGUGCUACUUCUGCUGCUGAGGCAAAGCGGUUGGCUCAGUCCCAGAGCAGUUUGCCUAAUGGAGAUGUCAAAGUGAAAGCUGAGCACUGAGAGCAGGAUACAGCUACAGAGGGCAAGUUUGUUGUUGCUUGUUUAGUUUGGGCCUUUGGGAAUGGCUUUGUUAACCAGAAACAUGCAUGUCUUUCUAUGCACUCACCCUUCAUAUGAUUGAUCAGUGAAUCUGUACAUAUUUUCAUAACAUGUGUGGCUCAAUAUAUUCAACUUAACCAAUAACUGAAAUCAAUUA